UGCUCACCCUCGUGCCGUCGCCAGACAAGCCUCCCUGCAGUCGCUAACCACAGAUCCGUAUCCUUGUCAUAGAUGGCCCAAUAACAAUAGCACAGGGACCUCCCGAAAGCAAUUACUCGAAGAGAAGCACUCAGAGUUUGUACGGGAAGCUCUGCCAGAACUCCUAAGCCUCCUAGCCGGGCAUUUACAAGUAGAAGACACAGAGAAGAAAAAGAAAACGGGAGAUAAACGCACAGCAAGAGAACUCCUUGGUUUUAUGAAGUCGGCAGGUGUCUUGUCUGUUGAUGUGGUCAAGUCUCUUUCUUUCAUACUAGGAGCAUCUGUGCAGGGAGAAAAAACAGAGAGAGACCUAUUAUCUGUGGCCACAGAUGCAAAUAAUUGCUAUAGAUCUGGUUAUCUUAGCAAAAAAAAUGCCUUCCAAAAGGGAUUGUUUGAGCAGUGGUUACUGAGAGGGCUUGACUGGGCACCUCACGGGGAGUGGCUUUGCGUGCGUCGAGGGUGUAGACAAUCAUGGCCAGUCGUAUCUUUAACUCAACCUUCACAUCAUAGGCUUGUGGCUUCUCCAGCACCAGGUUACAGACUCAUGUACAUAUGCGAACUGGUGGAUGGCAUGACGGCCUACAUGGGCGAAGAAGCAACGUAUACGGAUCUGAAAGUGCGGCGAUGUUCUAAAUCAAAUAUUUUUGUCCUCCAACCCCUUAGACAUGCAGUCAUUCACAAAUGCCAUGACACCCGAGUUGUGCUUGGGCCCGUGGCAGGACGUAUUAAGUUAAGUGAGUGUCGUAACACUGUUGUGGUGUGUGCAGCAAGGUCCCUGGUCAUAGCAGAUUGCCGGGGCAUUGUAAUACACACACUCACUCCCCAGAGGCCCUUACUGGUAGGAGGACGUACACAGGGUGUGACUGUAGCUCCCCUGAAUAUCCACUAUCCUCGCCUCAAGCACCACAUGGCCCAGACUCAACUGCGCCCUCACAUCAAUAUGUGGAAUAGACCCCUGCACCUUGGGAGUGAAGGUGGUGUUCUCAGUGGUGCGUGUGAAGUGAUGAAUCCCGAGGACUUCCAGCUGCUAGUCAUUCCUUUCACCCAAACUGCACCUGUGGAUGGCAGACCCCCCCUCCUUCCCCCAGGUCUUCCUCAUGAGUUUGCUAAGAGUGUAGAAGAAGCUGGAAAAUGUGUGUCUAGUUUCCGAGCAGAAGUCAGGGAUGCAGACUUAACCCCGGAGCAAAGAGCUAUUCUACAAAAGGCUAUUGAUGCAAGAUUCAAGGCUUGGCUAAGAGAUACAGGUAAACAGCGUGAACUUGAUCAACUAGAAAAACUUGCUUUAACACUGAAAUAUGAAAGAGUAGCCAAAACAACAGCAAUUUAAAGGUAAUGAUAUGGAUAUGCUUUACGUAAAUAUAUUUAAAUGUUUUAAUAAUUAUAUAAUGCCAUACAAGCAUUAAUGAUUCAUAGAAAAUCUGCAAUAAGCCCCAGUGAUUUUAGAAUGGAAUUUUAUCAUACAAUUUGAUUUUAAUUUCUUGUACUCAAAAUAUGUAAAAUAUGUUACCAUGUUAAGGAAAACAAUAAAAAGUAAAAGUUUA